AUGUCUUCUAGCGAGGCAGGGCCCAGUAUAGGGAGCAGGGGCAGCAAGCAGAGUGUUGCCAGUAAAGUAUCCCACAAGUCCAGCAGCCAGUCCACCGGCAGCCGCUUCAGCACCGUCACACAGCCCAGCAUUCAUGAGGAGGACAUCAUGGUCACCAGAUGUACAGACUGUGGAGUUGAGUUGGAGAGCUAUGACAAUGAGACUAUUGGGCUGGGCAUUGUGGUGCUGUCGACCUUCCUCCACAACCAUGCCACCCUGGCUGUUCCAUACCUGAAGGAAAUACUGCAGACUGCAGUCACCAUAGCAGCCAACUCUCCUGUUCCCUGGCUGGCCAACAGUACUGUGUCAGUACCCGGGAGCUGUACGAGUGUUGCUCUACAGUUUGUGCGCUGUGCCCUCCAUCAGCUGGCUCCCAACGGAAUCUUCCUGCAGCUGUUCCAGGCACAGGUGGACAAACCUCUCCAGUUUUGGAAGACCGUCGCUCAGGCGCUCACCAACUGUUCACAAGUGGACACGCUUAAGGCUCUGCAGGUAAAACAGGGCAGCCUCAUCUUUUAG